CUCAUCCGCGUUUCUUUUCACUUUAUUUUUCCUUUGCAAUCAGCCAUGUCUGUCAAUGACUUUUUAGACUCUGUUAAAUCAAAACUUGAAACGAAGCUUAUUGGUACAAUACCUAUACUGGUAACUGGAAAUGACUCUGCCGAUCUAGAUUCCAUCAUAUCUGCUGUAUUACUAGCUUAUUUGAAGCAACAACAAGUCUCGUCUAGUAAUACUCUAUAUAUACCACUUGUCAAAGUUCCAUUUCGUGAUUUGGCCUUACGACCUGAAGUUACUUAUGUAUUCAACCGUGCUGGGAUAAAUGCAACAAAAUUGAUCUGUAUUGACCAUGUGGAUUUGUCGUAUUGGAAAAACAAUAACAAUAAAUUAGAUAUUAUUCUUGUCGACCACAAUCGACUCACUCCACCACUUGAAGAUCUUGGUCAACAUUGUCAAGUUAUUGGUGUAGUGGAUCAUCAUGUCGAUGAAGGUGUAUAUUUGGAUGCUUCUUUACGUUGGAUUGAAAUGGUGGGUUCUUGUACAUCACAGGUUGUGCUAAUUUUCAAGGAAGAAAUUACUAGACUAUCAAAUAAACAAACGGUGGCAACCCUAGCUUUGGCGCCUAUUUUGGUGGAUACAAUCGGUUUGCGAUGGGCAUUAGGAAAAACGACUCAAAAGGAUAUGGAUGCUUUCAACAUAAUAGGUCCCUUGGUAUUUGGUGAUGACACGUCGACAAAUGGUAUCAAUCAUCAAGAAGCAAUGCAGUAUUAUGACGAUAUUGAAAAAAUCAAAUCGCAGGUAGAUCAUCUGUGUACACGCGAUCUGUUACGCAAGGAUUACAAAGAAUGGACAAUCAAUGGUUAUACAGUGGGAACAAGUUCAAUAUCAUGGUACUUCAAAGCGUGGAUUGAUCGUGAUGGCUAUGAUCAGUUAGUGAAGGAUGUAUGGGCUUUUGUAGAUGAACGACAAUUGGAUAUGCUUUUGAUAUUAUCUUCAUACGAUCACUCCAAGGAAUUAGAAGAUGGUGUUUAUGAACGAGAACUAGCCUUCUUUGUCAAGAAUCAUCGGUUGAUCAAUAUUAAGGAAUCAAUGGAAAGGGAUUUGAAUGUGGGACUUUCAACAUUCUUAUCUGUUCGAAAACAUGACCCUUGUGUAGAAUUUUACAAUCAACGAAAUAUCAAGUUAUCUCGAAAACAAAUCUGGCCACUGGUUCAAGAUCUCUUGUUGAAAUUAGAAUAGAAAUAGACUAUUAUAUAUUAUUAUGUGUUGUCAUAGUUUUUUAAAAAUAAAAAAAAGAUCACACUUUUAUAUUCCCAUAGUUGUGUAACGUCAAUCCUUGUAUCUACCAACUUCAAAACCUUGAUUGACGAGUAUCUUCUUAGUUUCUUAUAAGCAUCAAUGGAAUCAUCAUUGUACUUAUUAGUCUUGAAAAAAAAAUCAUGUGGUAAAAAAAGUAACAUUAUAUGUAAAUGAUAGACACGCCAUUUAAAAAAAAA